AUGUAUUUGAUGAAGACCAAGACGCUACUGGUUGUCUUUCUCGUCACCAUGUUGGUGAUGGAAGAGGCUAAUGCCUGGUUUCUACGUAGAUUAGUCAGGAAAAUAUGCAGAAAGGUUUGCAAGAGAGGGUGCAAAUGGGUUUACAGGGGACGCGGGAGAAAAUAUGUCUGCAAAUUCGCAUGUAAGAAAGUAUGCGGCAAGAAGAAGAGACAGGCCCUCGAGGAGUUAGGGCACAUCACAGCUUUGCCUGCUAACUUUGACUUCUAUGACUUGAAUGACGACAACUUCAUUGAGAUAGAAGAGUUCGCUAGUACUUUGGGCCAAGAAGUAGAUGAACCCGACCUGGUCCAUGGCUUUAACGACACCGACAUUAACAAUGACGGGAAACUGUCAUAUGAAGAGUUCAUGGGUGACUCGUCCGUGUUCUUUGUGGCGGAUCCGUUUGCCCGCAUAGAGGAGGACGUCGAAGUACCCAGUCAGUAA